CACCUCUGAAGUGGGCACCACUGAGACUCAGUCAGGGGCCCCCGGAGACUGAGCGGCACCUUGGGCUUGGGGCUAGGACACCAUGAACCCCAACAGGGACCCGCAGGACAGUCCUGAGGUUGAAUCGGGGAGAAUGGGAUGGGCGCCUCAGGCUGAAGAAGCUUUGAAAGACACUUCCCUCUACUUCUCCAGGGAGGAGUGGGCAAAGGUGGGAGACUGGGAGAAAGGCAGGUACUGGAAUGUGAAGAGGAACUCUGAGGCGCUCACCAGCCUAGGUCUCAGGGCCCCCCAAGCAGCUUUCCUGUGUCACCACAGCAGGCAGGCCACUGAGCUCCAGGAGGAGGACCCUGAGAACUCGGAUGAAGAAUGGGCUCCAAGGCAGCCAGUGAAACCUUCCUGGGUGGCCUUCAGAAGGGCACAGAGUAAACACCAGAAGGCAACAUCCAGGGUGCCAUUAAGCAAUGAAGACAGUUUGAAGGAAUUGUCAGGAACAGCGAAUUCAAUGACUGCAAGUGACUCAGAGAAUGGCCAGAAACCAGUGUCCCCUCCUGGAGAAGCGUGUGCCUUUGGAAAGCACACUAGACAAAAAUCAAAACUCAGGAGAAAGGAGAUGGACAUGAAGAUGUAUAGCCUACGAGAAAGACAGGACUGUGUGUACCAAGAGGUUGAGCCCCAGGAUGAUGACUACCUUUAUUGUGAGAAGUGUCAGAACUUCUUCAUCAACAGCUGUGUGGUGCAUGGACCCCCUACAUUUGUAAAGGACAGUGCAGUGGACACUGGGCAUCCCUACCGCUCAGCCCUCACUCUGCCCCCUGGAUUGAGAAUUGGGCCAUCGGGCAUCCCUGAGGCUGGGCUUGGAGUGUGGAAUGAGGCAGCUGAUUUGCCUGUGGGUCUGCACUUUGGCCCUUAUGAAGGACACAUCACAGAAGAUGAAGAGGCAGCCAAGAGCAGAUACUCCUGGCUGAUCACCAAAGGGAGAAACUGCUAUGAGUAUGUGGAUGGAAAGGACAGAUCCUGGGCCAACUGGAUGAGGUAUGUGAACUGUGCCCGGAAUGAUGAAGAGCAGAACCUGGUGGCCUUUCAAUACCACAGGCAGAUUUUCUACCGAACGUGCCGUGUCAUCAGGCCAGGCUGUGAGCUGCUGGUCUGGUGUGGGGACGAGUAUGGCCAGGAGCUGGGCAGCAAGUGGGGCAGCAAGUGGAAGAGAGAACUCACAGCCGGAAGAGCAGAACAAAAGCCAGAGGUGCACCCAUGUCCCUCCUGCUCUCUGGCCUUCUCCAGUCAGAAAUUCCUCAGCCAUCACGUGAAACUCAGUCAUCCCUCUCAGAUUCUCCUGGGAACAUCUGCAAGAAGACCCCUCCAAGCAGAGGAACCCUGUCCAGAGGAUCAGAGUCAGCAGCAGCAACAUACUAGUACACAGAGCUGGAAUGAUAAAGCUGGAGGUCAAGAGGUCAAAGAAAGUUCCAAACCUUUGCUUAAAAGGAUCAGUCAGAGGAGAAUCUCAAAACCCUUUUUCCAACUUUCCAGAGAAGAAGUGAGCUCUAGUGAGCAUGAGACAAUGACGGAGGAAGAGCCCCACAGAGGCCAGAAAGAAAAUCCAGAGGACACAGGGUCAGCAUUUCCUGGUGCACAGCAUACAGGUUCCACAUCAGUCCAUAGUGGGUGUGAGUCUCAGCCUGCCUCUUACUCUGCACAAUGGAAAUGGGAACUCCAGCCUUUUGGUUUGACAUUCAAAUUUGAGUGAGCACAGACAGACUCUGGCAAGAGGAUCGCUGAGAUCACAAGUCCUGCUGAACAGUCUUCAGUGCCCAUGUCUUCCUGGUCUUUAGCGCUGCACAAAGGAAGAUAAGGACAGGGUAGGGGUCUGUACCCAAAUUCAGAAUUUGAGUGGACCCCACUGCUUUCCCCACAUAGACUCAGCUGCCCUCAGAAGGAAGCAUGAGAUUGGGGAUGUGCCUCCCUCCAGGUCACCACCCUCCCACUAACCCUGUGCAUCCUCAGAGUCUCCUCAGCACAGGCAGGUGGUACUGAGAGUGACAUGUGAAACAAUACCCUCAACCUCCCCUUGCUGAGAACUGACACUGAAAACAGCAUCUGCCUGCACUGGUGUGUUAGGAUAAAUGAGAAGCCAAGGCAGGGAGGACAAGGAAGACGUGUCUCACCCAGUCACCAGUUCUGAACCUGGUUUAAUUCUAAAUUUAAUUUAGAAUUUAAUUAUUGCCAGAUGUUCCAAAAUGACAAGAUGCUCCAUGCUGACAGGUUGAAAUUCUAGGUAUUGUUUCCACUAUCUGGCAAAGAAAGGCUUUCAAAGUUUAUUCAUCCCAAGUCCUCGAAGAUGGGAAGGGAUUCACAGCAGUCAAGUAAAGGACCCAUAAAACAAAUCUGGCUAAUAGCCUUCCUCUGUCUACUAUCUAUUUUAUGAGAGGGUCCCUAGUGCUUACAGAAAGAGCCUGUUGGUAACUUUGGGUAUCUGUCUCAACUUUAACUGUCUCCUGUCCUGUAUCUGUUUUACAAGAUGGCCAAUUGGGGUCUGAAGCAAGAUAAGGAUUCAGGCUAACGACCCCCACACACAUACCUAAGUCUGGGUAGUCACAUCCCUUAUGGAAGCUGGCACCAUUUUACCCAUCAAUCAACAUGUAACUUCUUCACCCCCAUCCCACCAACUAUGUAAGUCCUCAGGACAAAGGGCCUGGUGCUCUUGCCACCCUCACAAACUUGCCUUUCACCCUCACCUCAGCAAGACCUGUCCUCUUCCAUGAGAAUGUAUCACUAAUAAACCCUGCUUGCACGCUAAUACACUUGCUGAUCUGUAAUCCUUUACUGUAUUGGCAAGAAGAACCGACUUUCUCCUGUGACAGGUGCACCCAAUCUCCCUAUGGCAUUCAUGAAGCCCACAACACAGCAGCGUCUGUAAUGCACUCUCCUUGUACCCGUGCCCCACAGAGUUUAAUACACCACUGACACCAUCUCGAAAUUAUCACUUAUUGUAUCCUGAACUUGUUUGUGAAGUCUGAUGGAAUAAUAGACAUGCACAAUGUUGGUCAUUCCUGGCCACCCAUUCCCAGGUAAUGUCCACAAUGGCCUAGGAACACAAAAUUCCCAUGGACCCAAUGGCUAGGAGUCCAGCAAAACUCAAGCGGAGAACAGGGUAAGCACCUACAUCUGCAUAAGCAUAAGGAAGGGUGCUAACAGCUCCCAGAGGUCACACUUUUCUCACAACCAGAGCUAAGUUCAAUACACAGAAAUGUCAAAUGUUUAGUGAGGACAGCACCAUACCCUCUCCUGCAUGAGCGAGACCUAAGCAUAACCCACCCCAUUAUUGACUGAGUGGGUUCACCAAAGGGGGACACCCACACCCAUGACCUGGGAGGAUGAUCUUGCCACAGAUCACACAUUAACUGAGCAAAGGAGAGAGCAGUGAGACAGACUUCGCAGGCUAGAGCUCCAACAAGGGGAAUUAAAGCCUAAAAGCACCAAUUGGAAAAACUUUCAGGGUCAAGUUUGCUGGGAGAAGCUCCCAGGCUCACAGAGAGUUUGUUGGAGAGAACCACAGGGUCCUGCAGGGUGCACAAGCCCACACACCCAGGAGCUGGCACCAGGGGGGCCAAGUUUACUUGCGGGAAGCAUCAGAGGAGACCGAAAUCUGAGAACAAAUGCUAUUGCCCCUCUCUGACCCUGCCCCCACAUACAGCGUCACAAACCACUGACUGGGUUGCCCCACCCUGGUGAACACCUAAGGCUCCACUGCUCAUAUAUAACAGGUGCAAACAGACCAAAAAAUUAUGGCUCAAAUGUAAGAACAAAUUAAAUCCCCAGAGCCAAACUUCUAAGCAAUCAAGAGAUAGCCAACCUAUCAGAUGCACACUUCAAUACAAUUGGUGAUCAGGAUGCUCACAGAAGUGGUUGAUUUUUGUCACAAAUUAGAGGAACAAAUGAGGGCUAAAUUAAUUGAAAUGAAGAGACAUGCACAGGGAAACAAUAGUGAUGGAAAGGAGACUGGUACUCAAAUCAAUGGAGUGGACCAGAAGGAGGAAAAAAAUGACCAAACAGAAAAGAAUGAAGAAACAAGAAUUCAAAAAAAUGAGGAGAGGCUUAGGAACCUCCAAGACAUUCCUAAAUGUUCCAACAUCCAAAUUCUAUGGGUACCAGAAGAGGAAGAGGAACAGCCACAAGUGGAAAAUUUAUUUGAACAAAUAAUAAAGGAGAACUUCCCCAAUCUGGCAGAGGAAAUAGACUUCCAAGAAAUCCAGGAGGCUCAGAGAGUCCCAAAGAAGUUGGACCCAAGAAGGAACACACCAAGGUACAUCAUAAUUACAUUAGCCAAGAUUAAAAGGAAGGAGAGACUCCUAGAAGCAGCAAGAGAUAAGGGGACAGUCACCUACAAAGGACCUCCCAUCAGACUGCCAGCGGAUUUCUCAAAAGAGACCUACAGGCAAGAAGGGGCAGGAAAGAAGUAUUCCAAGUCAUGAAAUCCCAGGACCUACAUCCAAGAUUGCUCCAUCCAGCAAAGUUUUCAUUUAGAAUGGAAGGGCAGAUAAAGUGCUUCUCAGAUAAGGUCAAAUUCAAGGAGUUCAUCAUCACCAAGCCCUUAUGCUAUGAAAUGUUAAAGGGACUUAUAUAACUAAAAGAAGAUAAAAAAUUUGAACAGUGAAAGGACAGCAAACUCACAGUUAUUAACAACCACACCUAAAACAAAAGCAAACUAAAAGGACAGCUAGAUCAGGAGUGGAACUAUAGAAAUGGAGAUCACAUGGAGGGUCAGCAACAGGGGAGUGGGAGGAGGAGAAGGGGGGAGAAGGUACAGAGAAUAAGUAGCAUAGUAGCAUAGACAGUAAGAAGAAAAUAGGGGGACGGCAAGAAUAGUAUGGGAAAUACAGAAUCUAAAGAACUUGUGACACAUGGACAUAAAGGAAGGUGGGGGUGUGCAGGGUGGAGGAGAAUGAAGAAGGGGAAAUGGAACAACUGUAAUGGCAUAAUCAGAAUAUAUAUUUUAAACAUAAAUUUUUUGUUAGUCUAGUAUAGUUUCCCAAAUCCCUAAUUUUUCCCCUUCGCCUUCCCCCACCCAUCCCACCCCACACCCCCACCUUGUUUAGAAGCAUAUUAUAUACUUAGUAUAAUAGCAGCUAUUGCCUGUUUGGGUAGGAUUUUCAAUUAUUUUAAUUUUUCUAUAUAUUUUAAGUAAGCAGCCACAACAACAAAAAAGGCCAUCUCGGUUUGGGCUUAAAAAGUGCUACAGGAAAAUAUGGUAUCAUUUAAAAAUAAUAAUAAUCUAGUCUGUUGUGGUGACAACACCAGAGGCCUUUUCUUUGCUUGUCCAGCCUCAUCUUGUUCAGAAGGGCUCCUUUACCAGUUUUCACUUAUUCAUGUGCCAGUGCAGCUGAGCAAAGAGAAAAUGAAAGUCUAGAUGAGAAGUCAUGUAGAUGAGUGGAGAAGCCCUAAGCAGCACAGCAGGAGAGGGAGUUGUCCCAGGGCUGCCUCACUCUAGGGCCUCCUCACAGGCCAGAUGCUACGUAACUAAGAAGCAGCACUAUUGAGUUGAUAUACAGGGUGCUGCUUCAUAAUUCACCUGUAACAAUACUGAGCUUUUUAACAACGCUUCUGUACUCACAGCCAUUCUGUAUUAAAAUUAAGGUAUUUGCACUGAAGUUUCCUUCUUCACUACAUCCCAACCUUGUGUCUCCUCUUGGCAUUGACUUGGAGCCAACGACUAUAAGUUUAUAGAAAUGCACAUAGAUCCCACACACAAACCCCUAGACCCCAAAGCCAUACCCAAAGAGACCUCAGGUCUGAGACCCAUAGCCAAAUAGAUUCAAACCCAGGCCACAGACCUGGGGACAGGACUCAGAUGGGUAACCAAGACUCCACAGACUCCAGAGUUUGAGCUGGACAGUGAACUCUGAUUGCCAGAUGCCAGACACAGAAGCUGAACGCUAGUCAGGGCUUAUAAUCUUACUAGCAUUUCUAUAAAUGAC